AUGCGUAACGUACUUGCCUCAGCAUUUCUUGCUAGUACAGCGUUGGCUGUACCGCAAAAGAGAGCAACUCCUGUCAACACGACAACUUGCAAUGGCAAGACUUACGACUAUCUUGGCCUAGCUGGCUAUGGUUUCACUCCAUCAAAUGCAAGAGACAAAUUUGGCGAUACAGCUGGUGGUAUUGGUAGCUCCGCUGUACUUGACCCAUCAAGCUGGACCUUACAGCGCAAUGGUAGCUAUACAGGCUUACUUUAUGGUCUGCCAGACCGUGGCUGGAACACCGAGGGCACUCUAAACUACCAGCCUCGUCUCCACAAAUUUCAGAUUGUCUUCACUCCAGCGAACACUGGUCCAGCACCCAAUCUUCAGCUCUAUUACCUCGAUUCGAUCCGUUUUUCGACGUCCACCAACGUGCCAUUCACUGGUCUGGAUCCGAACCUUUUGCCACCGUAUCUGACAGCCGCAGAUGGGACCACUCUGCCAAGCGCGACAUAUACGGGAGACGGCUUCGGAGGUAACGGCACAGGUGGAUCUCGUCCGAGUCUCGACUCUGAAGGGCUGGUGAUCAUGCCAGAUGGCACGAUGUACGUGAGCGACGAAUACGGCGACUACAUCUACCACUUCGCUGCCGAUGGAAAGCUUAUCAAGGCCAUUCCACCACCUCAGCCUUUCAUUCCCCAACGUAAUGGCAGUGUGAGCUUCAAUGCCGACAGCCCUCCACGCUACGACCCCGACCGAGAGACUAUUCCAGCCAACCCAAGUGUUGGACGAGCCAACAAUCAAGGCUACGAAGGUUUGACCCGAAGCCCCAAUGGGACGUAUCUCUACGCCUUGACUCAGUCCGCACUCAUCCAAGACGGAGGAGCUGAAGGCGGCAGAUACCGACGCCAUGCGCGCCUGGUCAAGCUGGACCUAUCAGCUGACCAAGGCGGUGUGCCUCCAGUUGUCGCACAGUACGUCGUGCCGCUGCCUGUAUUCACCAACAAUGCCAACAGGUCAGCUGUGGCUGCUCAGAGUGAAAUCAAGUACAUUUCUGACACUCAAUUCUUGGUCUUGUCUCGAGAUUCUGGCGCUGGUCAUGGUCAGGACGAAUCCCUCAGCAGAUACCGACAUGCCGAUGUGUUUGACAUCACCAAUGCUACCAAUGUCAAUGGACGACAGAGUGUAGCUCCAGGUGGUAAUCUUACCUCUGGUAUCGUUGCGGCCACCUACUGCUCAUUCCUCGACUACAAUGUCAACUCCGAACUUGCAAAGUUCGGGCUACAUAAUGGUGGAGCUCAGGACGACAACCUACUGAAUGAGAAGUGGGAGAGCUUCGCGCUUGCACCUGUGAAAGCAAAGGGCAACGGCCAAUGGAGUAACUGGGGUGGCAAGAGCGACAGCGAUAAUGAGUAUUUCUUGUUCACUCUCAGUGACAAUGACUUUAUCACUCAAGAUGGCUAUAUGAAUGGUGGAUCGUUACCCUACAGUGAUGAGAGUGGCUUCAGUCUGCUCAAUCAAGUAUUAGUGUUCAGGGUCAAGUUACCAGCAGGAUCCUCGCCCCUGGUGGAUUGA